CCAGACGGACCGGAGCAACAUGACAGCAGCCCGUGAUGAAGACUCAGCUGUGGCAGCAGAAAGUGAUGAAGAGGCGAAACUACACUUCUUAAAAGGUGCAGCGUUCCUGACCACGGUGGCGUCCGCCGGGAUGAUCGCAGGAUUCGGCUCCACGUUGGCGCUCGCCAAGAAAAAAAGCCCCAACUGGUUUAAUAAGGGGGUCGUGGGGACGGCGGCGGCCCCGGAGAGCGGAGCCUCUCUGGCCCUCAGAGCUCUGGGUUGGGGCUCUCUGUUCGCCUGCUGUGGAGUCGGACUGAUCAGUUUCACUGUGUGGAAACUUCUGGAUGUUCACAGCCUGUCGGAGUUCAGACAGAAGAUGCAGUCCUUGUUCCCGUCCAUCCCAAAGUCCACCGCGUCUGCAGCCGGGUCAGAACCUCCAGACUGGGACGCCGUCUUCAAGUCAAAGUAACCUGAUGCUGCUGGAAACGGACGGAAACUGCUGACAUGAAGCUCCAGAGACUCUCAGAGAAUCAGUGGAGACCAGUUGGUUCCAGUUGGUUCCAGUCGGUUCCGGUUCUGGUUCCAGUUGGUUCCGGUUCUGGUUCCAGUUCUGGUUCCAGUUCUGGUUCCACUCGUUGUGUAUAUUUGUAAAGAUGUGUGUUUGUGUUUGUGCCUUUUAAACAUGAACUUGCGAUUUGA